AUGAGUGAUGUUGACACUGUCCCCUCGCUGCCAGCUGCUCUGGAUCCCGGACAACAAAACGCGUUUGCUGUCAAGGUGAAUAGUCAGCCUGCUUUGGGGCCGCCCUCCCCAAGGAGGACGUCGAAUCCGACUGCUCCUCGCGGUGAGGAUGCUCCGGCUAAGGAGGUAGAUUCCGCUCCUGGGGACGGUGACGGUCCCCCAAGCCCCAAGGCCGAUUCGGAGGCCGAAACCAUAAUUCAGUCCGGGCGCGAGUCUCUGUCUCCAGAGAAACGACGAAAAUUUAUCAAACAUGAACCGAAACGACGUGACGAUGGUAAUGAACGUGUUGGCGACAACGAACUGCCCCCAAGUGAUGUUCAGGUGAGGAAGAGCAAGCCUGUGGAUGAUGAUAGUCAUGAUAGAAGCGACCGUGAAGCGCGCCCGCCGAGCCCGCCGCAGAGAGAAGCGUCACCGUCCAUCGUGAAGGUAGAGAAACAGGACGAUUCCCAGUCUGUAUCUAACAGGUCCGAGACUACCAGAACCUCGAGGAAGCGAAGUUUUAGUGAGAGUAUUGAUGGAGAGUCGGAUAUUGGUCGACGUGGACGGCACAGGGACUCGCCCGUUCGCAGUCGUGAGGAACAUAUUCUGAGCAAUGGACCUACGCUCCCUCGACCCGCAUCCACCGAUCGUUCUGUCUCCCCUGUUCGCCAGACUCACAAGCGCACUGCGUCUGGACCGCAACUUACCAACGGGAAAAAGAAGAAGGCACCGACGCCCCUGGUUACGGGUUUCCAAAGGCAAGGCUCCGAAGAUCGACUGUCCGUUUCAUCAGCAAAUGGAUCUCCCCAUCCAAGUGCGUAUGUCCGGAAGCUAGCCUCAGUUGAUGGAAAUUCUGCGUCUCCGGCACGGCCAACAAAUUAUAAAAAACUGCGAGAUCAAAAUGGCAGAACCCGUUUGGCGCGUGCUUGUGCGGCUCAGGAAUUGGAUUCCGUGAUUGCAAAACAUGAGGAACGCCCGGAGGAUUUGAACGUUCCUGACAAUGCUGGAAAUACACCCCUACAGAUCGCAUCUCUGGAAGGUAGUGCGCCUAUUGUCAAAUAUCUAAUUGCUGCAGGAUGCGAAGUCGAAACAUGCAACAUCGAUAAAGACACUCCGCUGAUAGAUGCUGCGGAGAACGGCCAUGAAGAGGUUGUAAGGAUCCUUCUAAAAGCCGGUGCAAAUCCGCGAGCCGUCAACUCACAAGGAGAUGAGCCAAGUGAUCUGGUUCCGGAUGACUGCGACGAAAUUCGACGGCUGUUGGAAGAAGCAAAAGCUAAACCACGACCAAAUCGACGAUCAGAAGAAACAGUCCCGCCUCCAAAUCGGGAAUCCUCAUCUCGGCGGAUAUCAGGUGCUAGCCCGCGCGAUUCCCCUCCAGUUAGUGGUGGGCGCAGCCCUCCUCUCUUCAGCAGCAUGGCAUCCAAGCGAAAGAGUGUGCGAAGUGAAGCUACUAGGAAUGACCUGCUAUGGACCAAGGCUACACCCGAGAAUCUCCAGGCGUUUGCUGCGAAAGGUGACAUUGCUGGCGUUGCAAAUAUACUCAACGUGGGACAGAAAGCCGACACGGAAUCAAUGAUCGCCGCUGCUAAGGGUGGCCAUGACGAGGUUUUGUCGCUACUUCUUGGUAUGGGGGAUGCUGAGCCUGAUCCCGCUCCAGUACCAUCCCAGAAAGCCGGCCACAACACCCCAAUGCUUGCUGCAAUUGGCCGCGGAAACCUUGCUGUGAUUAAGCUAUUCCUAGACCAGCCUGGGUUUAACCCAGCCCGUCGACUUUAUGAUGGUCUGACCUAUUUCGAGAUAUCAAAGAAGCGCAGAGCAGACAAUUGGGAGGAAGAAUAUGAUACCCUCAGAGAGGCAUAUGACAAACAUUUUAAGAAUAAGAAACAGCGCAAGUCUGACCUCUCCCCCCGCCAACGGCGGGAAAAGGAGAAGGAUACAAAACGACCCAUGCGGAGGGAAUCCUCAUCGCCCGUUUCUCGGUCCAGGAAAAACGGAAGUCCUGGGGCCCGCGACUCUACGAAGGAUCUGGCUGUAUCAAGAGAGAAGAAGGGGGUUGCUCAUCCGAGAGAUAAAAUCGGCUCUGGCAUUUCUCGUCCGAAACACACGCAUCAGGACUCAGACACAAUUCGCACGGAACCGCCCAGACAGAAACCUGUGUCGUCGAUAAAGGAUGGUGAUUCAGCCCGGGGCGAUGAUGUCAUCAAACGAAGGCGCCUGAUCGCGGGACGACCACCCCAGGAUCGAGAUCGCAAGAUGCCCAGCUUACACUCGUCGGACUCAUUAUCGGGCCGGGAGGAUAAUGUUAAAUCCCGGCCAGACCGUUCUUCUGAACCCGUUUCUAGAACCCCACAACUGAAGCGUGGACGUAGCAGUGCUAGUCCUGAACGACCUCGUUCUCGCGGGCCUGAGUCCGAGCGUCAUAAUCGCGAUGUUCUAAAGAAGAAGAGAAGGGUUCUAUCAGAGGAAGGGGCGCCAAAUGUUACUAAUGGAGGUUUAAAGAGACACCAUACGGCUGCAGCGGAUGGUAUCAAAUCGCCUCCUCGGCAAAGACACGGUGUUGGCUCCAGCGAUUCGAAGCCGGAUCGUUCAGAGGAUUUACGCACUGCUCCCUCCAAAGACAGAAAUUUGGUCAAAGAAGAACGGGAAAAGCACGAGACGAACGACUUGGCUCACAUUCCCAUGGAGGAAGCGAAGGCGGCGGAUACGGACAAAGAAGUUUCCCAGGCGGAAGAGACAUCGAAACACAACCCGUUGGUUGACCAAGCCGAAUCCGAUGGUGAUGUCGAACCGGAGAUCGCCCCAGGCGAGGCGGCUGAACCAAAGUUGACCGAAAAGGCAGAGCAGGAACGAAUAGCCGAAGAAGCACGGGUCGCUGCAGAGGUAGAAGCAGAAAAGGCUCGAGCUCAAAAGGAAGAGGAAGAACGAGUAGCCCGGGUGGCCCGGGUAGCCCAGGAGAAGGCCGAAGAAGAGCGAAAACGAAAAGAGGCCGAGCAACGACGGAUCAAACAAGCAGAGGACGAGCGCCAAAAGCGACUGGAACAAGAAAGGCAACGACUUGCACGACUCCGUAGGGAGCAGGAAGAGCAUGAACAACGGCGGCGGGAUGCACUCCCUAGCCGGCUAUGUAUAGCUGCCAAUCUCGUCGGAUCGAGUGACCCCCAAGCACGAAGUCACUCAUGGCUGAGGAAAUUUAUGCCGGUGGUUACAGCCGAAACCAAACAGCUUGACCCUAGUUGCAACUCCGACCUUGCGAAUGAGCGAUGGGUCCCAAACUAUCUCGUCGCGCCGUUGUUAGCAACAAACGACCUCCAAUUAUCGCAAUACGCUAGUUGGGAGAAGCGCGACGUGACGCCAUCCCAACGAAUGAACCUAUGGCGAGUUACUCGGCGAAUGCUUGUGCAAGCGGAUGAUACUGAGUUCUUGACGGCAUCAUUUGGACAGAUCAUGCAGAAAGAUAGUGAAACCCGGAGCAAGUAUUUCAGUAUGGAACAUGUGUUUUGGGUUAAGCUAUCUGACUUCAUGGACCUCGUUCCACAUAUUCCGCAUCUACAUGGGUUGGACAUUCAAUUCCUGAAGAUGCAUAUCGACCAAGAACCGAUCUUGAACCCUGUUCUGCCGCCGCAGCCAAAUGGUUUUACUAAUGGGCCGCCGCAUAUUGGAAACCCUGGUCUUCUUUACGAACAAGGCUUGACGAAUGGCUAUGGGCACAGCCAGCCGAGUACAUAUGCCUGA